CCCUUGGAGAAAUGGCCGCGUCGGCAGAUUUAAGUAAGUCUUCCCCAACAACGAAUGGGAUUCCAUCUUCAGACACAACCAACGAAGCCAUGGACCCCUUCCAUGCUUGCAGUAUUCUUAAGCAACUCAAAACAAUGUACGAUGAAGGACAGUUGACAGACAUUGUAGUGGAAGUGGAUCACGGGCAAACAUUUUCCUGUCAUAGAAACGUUCUUGCUGCUAUCAGCCCCUACUUCAGAUCCAUGUUCACUAGCGGCCUUACGGAAAGUACUCAGAAAGAAGUUCGAAUCAUCGGUGUUGAAGCUGAAUCAAUGGAUUUAGUAUUGAAUUAUGCCUAUACCUCUAGAGUUGUUCUGACAGAGGCCAAUGUUCAGGCCUUGUUCACUACAGCUAGCAUCUUCCAAAUUCCUUCCAUACAAGACCAAUGUGCUAAGUAUAUGAUUAGUCAUUUGGAACCACAGAAUUCUAUUGGAGUCUUUAUCUUUGCUGAUCAUUAUGGUCAUCAGGAACUUGGAGAUCGAUCAAAAGAAUACAUCCGUAAAAAGUUUCUGUGUGUCACCAAAGAACAAGAGUUUCUGCAGCUGACAAAAGACCAACUCAUAAGCAUACUAGACAGUGAUGAUUUAAAUGUAGACCGGGAAGAGCACGUUUAUGAGAGCAUUAUAAGGUGGUUUGAGCAUGAACAGAAUGAAAGAGAAGUACACCUUCCAGAAAUUUUUGCCAAAUGUAUACGUUUUCCAUUGAUGGAAGAUACAUUUAUCGAGAAAAUUCCACCUCAGUUUGCACAGGCCAUAACCAAAAGCUAUGGAGAAAAGGGGCUAUCCAACACCAAUGGCUGUACGCAGAGGCUUGGAAUGACUGCUUCUGAAAUGAUCAUAUGUUUUGAUGCUGCACACAAACACUCAGGAAAGAAGCAAACAGUGCCUUGUCUAGAUAUAGUCACAGGAAGAGUGUUUAAACUAUGCAAACCACCAAAUGACCUAAGAGAAGUUGGGAUUCUUGUAUCACCAGAUAAUGACAUUUACAUCGCAGGGGGGUACAGGCCAAGCAGCAGUGAGGUCUCCAUCGAUCAUAAGGCAGAAAAUGAUUUUUGGAUGUAUGACCAUUCCACCAAUAGAUGGCUAUCCAAGCCAUCCUUGCUUCGAGCCAGAAUAGGCUGCAAACUCGUGCAUUGCUGUGGUAAAAUGUAUGCAAUUGGAGGGCGUGUGUACGAAGGUGAUGGAAGAAACUCCCUGAAGUCCGUGGAGUGCUAUGACAGCAGAGAGAACUGUUGGAUGACUGUCUGUGCCAUGCCCGUUGCGAUGGAGUUUCACAAUGCUGUGGAGCACAAAGAAAAGAUCUAUGUUUUACAGGGGGAAUUUUUCCUCUUCUAUGAGCCUCAAAAAGACUACUGGGGGUUUUUAACCCCCAUGACUGUGCCUAGAAUCCAGGGCUUGGCAGCUGUGUACAAGGACUCGAUCUACUACAUAGCUGGAACCUGUGGAAAUCAUCAGCGUGUGUUUACUGUAGAAGCCUAUGAUAUUGAGCUAAAUAAAUGGACUCGUAAGAAGGACUUUCCAUGUGAUCAAUCCAUAAAUCCAUACCUGAAGCUAGUGCUUUUCCAGAAUAAGCUCCAUCUGUUUGUCCGAGCUACUCAAGUGACUGUUGAAGAACACAUCUUCAGAACCAGCAGGAAAAAUUCUCUUUACCAGUAUGACGACAUUGCCGACCAGUGGAUGAAAGUGUACGAGACCCCUGACCGAUUGUGGGACCUUGGCCGCCAUUUUGAGUGUGCUGUGGCUAAACUCUAUCCUCAGUGUCUUCAGAAAGUACUGUAAGAAGUGGCAGGCCUCAGCACAUCUCUGUCAUCUCCUACUAAGGGACCUUGUUUGGAAAUGCUGUCGACAUUGAAGAAAACUGAGGGAGUUUUGUAGACAGAAAUGGGUGCUCGUAAAGAUUGUGGUAUGGGGAGGGAUUCACUUUUACCUUCAUGACAUUUUCAUUUGAGUAAGGAAAGGGAACAAAGUGCAAUUAUCAGCAUUUUCCACCCCUGGCAUUAAAGUAUCAUUCUGGAAUUUUGUGAGAAGCAGUCCCUGAGAAACCAGGUGAAUCAAGACAACUAUGCACUCUUAAAAAGCAGUUUGAGUAUUCCUGGGUAGAGACAUCCAAACUAGCUAACAUGACUUUAUUUUAAAUACGGGUAACAUUAUGAGGCAAUAUCAUUUGUUUAGCUGUGAUCUCUCUAACACAGACAAGCACUAACUUAGAUCCUCAUUCGUACUAUUUAUAUGUAUUUACAUAUCUAUUUUUGUGUACUGUUUUCAAGUGUAUGAGAUUAAAUGUGCUCUGUUAAACUGAAGGAAAACUCAGAAAGAACCUUUAGUCGGAUUGUUUCAUAUUCUGCUGUAACUUUAAGUUCAAACUUUGAAGUGGCAGUUUUCUAUCCAUAACUUUUUCAAGUGCUAACACUGUCUCAUUUUUUAAAAUCCCAGAAAGGGCUCAGAUUUGCAGGUGACUGGUGCUCGUCUAAGUUAGUUCACACGGAGCUAGAUAGACUUAAAUGGUUUGGACCUACGUUUAUCUUUGAGAUUAGCAUGAUACUUCCAUGGCCAUGGCACUUUACCUUGUGACUUCACAAGGUCUGCUGUUUGUGUGAUAGGAUAUGGCUGAUGGCCAUUGGUCCAACUGGAUUCAGUUUUACAAUUCCAAGUUUGCACUAACAUGGGCUGUUUUGUUGCCCAGCCUUUUUUCCAUCCUCUGCCUGUCCAGUCAUUGUUGGUAGCGUAAAAGUUAACUUACAAUGUGAAGUUUUUACACCUACUUAUAAAAUUGUUUUCUAGAAACAAGAACCUUGCAGUGAUCUAAUAAUUUAGUUGCUUUUAAGGUUCAUAUUACAGUUACAAUCUCUAUUUUUUUGCACCCAACGGUGGUAAAUAUUUUUUAUGUUGAAACACUUGUUCUAGCAGUAGGUGAUGUAGAAGAAAGGAUGAGUGGAUGAAUAGAAUCAUAGCUUUCUGUAUUGUAGGUACUAAGGAGCUGUUCAUAUUUGACUGGUCAGUUUCUCUGUUAGGAUUAUUAACAUGAAAGACAAACCAGGUCCUUUUGUACCUGAGGCAUUUGGAUUGAUAAUGUUCUCAUUACUAUGUGUACUAUAACUACUAAGUAGUAUACAUAUAAGGCCAGAGUCUGUCCUCAGUCAGAGCAGUUUGACUGAGGGGGGGAGGGGGGCUUGCACCAAUUGUAAGAUGAUACUGUGAAACAAAUUGAAAACAUUGCCUCUUGCAUCACAUACCUCCUUUUCCAGAAACUUGGUAGACUGCUUUGUAAAGGCCCUACAAGCAGAGAUGUUUCUCUGAAACAGGAAUUCAAGUGGAUGGAGUUCAGAGUGAGCGUUUAUGUUCCACACGGAUAGCUGUGCGAUUUCUCCUCAUCUCUGUAAACUUUGACAGCCAAAUUUUUUUUUUUUUUUUUUUUUUUUUUACCUUUCUAGUUUGUCUCGGGUUUUCUUUUGCUUCAUGCUGUGUUAGGGUUAUUUCUGUGAAGUUUUUGAAUUAUAUUAUAGUUUGCAUUGCUAGUGAGAAGGAAAAAUAAUUUUUACAAAGAGAUAUCCAUGUAAUUUAUUUUUGAAAGCUUUGUUGAGUAUCUAAGAUUUCCUGCCACUUUGACAAUCUCUGUAUUUAGAAAAAUAAUACUUGAAAACAAGACAUAGAAUAUUGAGUUAGCAAUGUACAUGUUCCAUAUGGUACGUAAGAGAACAGCACACUGUGGCUAAUUCUACACUAGAUUUAUUCUCUUGGUCUGUACAGCAGUUGGUCCUUUUGUUAUAACAGUGUAUAUUGAGGGUAUCAUCUGAGAGUAGUUGUCAGGCCAAGGAUUAGAAUUUGCUAUAGGUGUAGAAUAUAUAUUUGAGUUUUGUAUGAAAAACUAUUUGUUUACAUUACAUAGCUGGGGUAUUUUGCCACUCUUAAAAUGAUUUCAGAAAAGGUCCUAGGAAACUAAGAUUAGUGACAUGUGUGGGUUUGUGUGUAGAUACUUAGGGUACAUUUUCAUGGUGUAAGAAUAUCAGUAAAAGGCACAAUGGCUACUACAGGAUAAAAAGACCUAACAGAUGCCAAUCCCCCUUUAACUAUGUUUCUACAUUUGAAGAAUGUACGAAGCACUUUUCCUAUAUGGUUUUUCCACGAUGAAAACUGGGCUAGGUGUAACCAUGUUGUAGGAAAGAAGAAAUUAUUUGUGUCUGUCUUUGUUUCUUGUUAUCCUACAAAGUUGCUCUCACUGAUGCAUAAGGAAAAGUGGAUGUGAUUUGUGAGGAGGUUUAAAUGGCAUUCAGCAUUCAGUGCUCAGGUAUGCAGUAAGUACUGUAGUCCUCUGGGGCAAAUGUGUAGAUAUUUUUAAACAUUUUGCCGUAAUUGCACAAUUUUUUGCAUUUUUUACCUGAUGUCAUUGUUUCUUGUAAUAAAACCUUUUCUGAUUUAAAACUGCCAGUGUUGUAAACUGACCUGAAGAAUGAAUUUUGAAAAAUUAAAAUUUGCUGAAAAU